AUGUCAAAAACCAAAGGUGGGUUAAUUUCAUUUAAUAACUUUCUAUCAACCAGCAAGAAACGCGAAGUUUCACUUGAUUUUGCUCAACAUGCUGCCACUAAUCCAGAUUUAGUAGGAAUUCUGUUCAUUAUGCAAAUUGACCCUGCUCAAUCAACAACUCCAUUUGCUUCCAUUCGCGAAGUUAGUUACUUUCACAUGGAAGAUGAAGUGUUAUUUUCAAUGCAUGCCGUGUUUCGUAUCUGUGACAUUAAACCAAUGACUGAGAACAAUCGUCUUUAUGAAGUCAUUUUAACACUUACGAGUGACGAUGACGAAGAUUUAUGCGCACUCACUUACAGUAUCCAAGACGAAAUCCCAUCAUGUCAGGACGGAUGGAGAUCGUUGGGUCUUAUGCUAGAAAAAAUGGGUCAAUUCGACAAGGCUGAAGAAGUUUAUCAAGCUCUACUCAAACAAACAACGUACGAGUUGAUCAAUGGAUCUUUGUACCAUGCACUCGGAAGGAUCAAAUUUAGCCAAGAAAAAUAUCAAGAGGCAAUAAUGUUUUAUGACAAAGCAAUCAAUAUUUAUCAAGAGAACUUUUCUCCUACCAGUUCCUAUUUAUUUGAUAUUUACAACAAUAUCGGUAAGGCAUAUGGUGCAAUCGGUGAAAAUUCAACAGCUCUUUCUUAUUAUGAAAAAGCUGUUGCCAUUCGGCAACAAUCACUUUGUUCUGAUCAUCCUGAUUUGGCUUAUUCCUACAACAACAUCGGUAAUGUGCAUUACAGUAUGGGUAAUUAUUCCGAAGCACUUUCGUCUCAUGAAAAAGCUCUUGCUAUUCGACAACAAUCACUUCCUUCCAAUCAUCCUCAUUUGGCUAAGUGUUAUAACGAUAUCGGUUUGGUGUACGAAAAUAUGAAUAACUACAUAAAAGCUCAUUCAUAUUUCGAAUGUGCUACAGAAAUAGGACAACAUUCAUUACCAUCCAAUCAUCCUGAACUUCUAAAGUAUAGAAACCAGCUCGAACGUAUGAAAGCGAAAUUAUAA